GAGCCACCAGCCGACUUCGUCUGCCCGAUCACGACCGAGGUCAUGAGCGACCCGGUGAUGGCGGCCGAUGGGCAUGCUUACGAGCGGACGGCGAUCGAGCGCUGGCUCGCGACAAAGUCGACGAGCCCUCUGACGGGCGGCGAGCUCGAGCACCCAUACCUCACCCCCAAUUACAUGCUGCGCCGGAUGAUCCGGGACUGGGACGGGGCGCGGAAGGCAGCGUGA